AUGGAUUCCGAUAUAAUCGACAAACUCAAAAAUUUCGAUCUAUCAACCAAGGAGGAUGUAGGGGUUACCCUAUCUAAUGACGACAUCUGCCUGGGAAUUAAGGAGUGCUCGCGCAGUCUCAUUGGCAAAAUCCAUGGAGACAAGCGUAUAAACUUCAAUGGACUCAAGGAAACGCUCAGUCACAUCUGGCGGACACAACAACCAUUUACAGUCAGGCUCGUGGGAUACAAUAUCUUCCAAUUUGCCUUCCAGUCUGAAGAAGAUAAACAGAAGGUCCUCCUGGGGAAAACUUGGAGCUUUGAUGGGCAAUACACAAUUCUGAAGGAAUGGACUGCAAACCACAUCAAUUGGCAGAAUGAAGCUAAAGUCGAUCUUUGGGUUCAAAUUCACGGUCUUCCACUGCACUGGAUUUCAGUAGACACAGGGCUCAAAAUUGGCAAAAUCUUUGACGAUGUAAAAGAUGUUUAUGUUCCUGAUUCCGGCAGCAUUACUGGUAGAUGGAUCAUAAUUUUAGCCCAAAUCAACCUCAAUGAACCCUUACUCCGUGGAACCAAGAUAAAAUUGGGUGAUGAACUGAUUUGUGUCGACUUUCGGUACAAAAAUCUUCAGUCUUUCUGCUAUUAUUGUGGGAUUGUUGGUCACGGGGAACGUGAUUGCACUCAGAAAAAAGAAGAUGUUAAAUGA